AUGGAGACAAAGGUUGAGAACGCAAUCAUUACCUUUAAUCCAAACACAACCCUUGAUGAAAAUCCUCAACCAAAGUCCAUUAUCAAGAAUAAAGGAUCAAAAAAUUUCUUUAAGGUUGCACUUAUCAUGAUGCGAGGGCGUUCUCGUAAAUCAUCAAAAGCGAUUGUUCCGGUUGAUGAUGAAUCUAGAGGCAUAUGGAGGAAGCUUGUUGGGUCCAUGAGACCUAUGCAUCUUCAAAGCAAUCAAUCUCCACCACAAAUUCUCAACGGUCAGAAUAAUCUUAAAAACGUGAAAGUGGUCGUUGAAACUGCUGAUGAUCGUCAAGGUCAGGAUGGGUUUGAGUAUCCGUAUACGCCGUCUCCAGUGAGUAGCCGAUACGCGUCUGAGGCUAGUAGUCGAUACGCUUCGGCGGUGGGGCUUAAUGAAAUGGUAGAGGAGGAGAAAGAGGAAGAGAUUGUGAAUAAGGGUUGUGAGAAUUAUGGAGAUGGUGGUGAUGACAUGAUUGAUGCAAAAGCUGAUGAGUUUAUUGCUCAUUUUUAUCAAGAAAUGAGGUUGCAGCGUAUGGAUGUUGUGGAUCCUCGUUACAAUGAAUUAAGUAUGAGGUCAUUAGGCUUAUGA